AUGGCGACUCCAGUUUCAACAGAUAUCGGUGGGAUUCCCCAAUUUGACUGUCAUUCUGACCCAGCUUCAGUUGGCGCAAGGUGGAAGAAAUGGCGGCGUGCUUUCGAACUUUUUGUGGAAGGGAAAGGUGUAACUGGAGAUGCACAGAAGAAAGCGUUAUUGCUACAUUGUGGUGGAAUGCAAAUGCAGGACAUUUAUUUCACUUUCCCAGCAAUUGAGCCUCGUGAGCACACGGACGAAACGGUGUACACGGUAGCCAUGAGCCAGCUAGAUAAGUAUUUUACACCUCAAGUCAACGUUCCAUAUGAGAGACAUAUUUUCAGAAACAUUUCACAACAACCAUCAGAGACAAUCGAUCAGUUAAUAACAAGCUUACGACAACAAGCAACCUUCUGUGAUUUUAAUGAUAUUCCCGAUCAAAUAAGGGAUCAGGUCAUCGAGAAGUGUAAUUCUCACAAUCUCAGACGUAAACUACUAGAAAAAGGGAAAGAUUUAACCCUGGAUCAGCUACAAAAUAUCGCAAGGGCUAUGGAAAGCAGUGAAAAACAAGCCGUUAGUAUUGAGGGGACACCGACUACACCACGCGGUACCGGCGAGGUAAAUCGAGUACACCAUUCUAAGCGCAGAACUGAACCUGAUCGACAGACCGGAAACCGGAAGUGCUAUCGCUGUGGAAGCACAACACACUUACAGAAUUCAGAUUCUUGUUUUGCCAAGGAUAAGGAGUGCCACAAGUGUCACAAAAUCGGUCAUUUGGCUAAAUGUUGUAAAACGAAACAACAACGGAACAAGGAAACGACACGAAACGGUCAAAAACGUACAGGCAAGUCAAAUGUUCACUUAGUAGAAACUGACUAUGCUUUUACUCUGGUAGAUGAAAGUAAAAAACCAACGAUUCAAGUUAACAUUGGUGGCGUGUCUGAUAUCUCGUUGAUAGUUGAUUCCGGUGCAAGCUGCAAUGUAAUAAAUGAGGAAUUGUGGAAAGAACUGAAACAAAAACGAGUGAAAUGCAUGUCAAGGAAAACGGUCAAAAAUCUGUUUGUGUACGGAAGUGAAACAUCUAUGAAUGUGAUAGGUUGUUUCCAGACACAUGUCUCUGUGGGUUCCAGAUCAAUUGAUGCAGAGUUCACAGUUGUUCGCGAGAAAGGUAAAGGACUUCUUGGAUACAAGUCAGCUACAGAUCUUGGUGUUCUGAAGAUUAAUACCGACCAUCAGCAGUUACAGGUAAACUCAAUAGAACAGUUAGGGACUGAUGAACUUGUGAAGAAAUAUAAGUCAUGUUUUGAGGGACUUGGGAAAGUAAAGUCUUUUGAGCUAGAUAUCCCAAUAGAUGAAUCUGUCACCCCAGUAGCACAGAGUAUGAGAAGAAUUCCAUUUAACUUGAGAGAGAAAUUAGAAAACAAACUUGAUGAGUUAGAGAAACUUGACAUUAUAGAAAAAGCAAAUGGGCCAACACUAUGGGUGUCACCAGUGGUGGUAGUUCCCAAGGGAGAUACAGAUAUUCGACUUUGUGUGGAUAUGAGAAGGGCUAACGAAGCAAUUAUAAGGGAACGACACCCUAUUCCUACAGUGGAGGAAGUACUGUAUGACCUGAAUCAAAGCACUGUAUUCAGUAAGCUGGACAUUAAGUUAGCUUUUCACCAAAUCGAACUUAAUGAAGCAUCACGUUCAAUCACAACAUUUGUGACUCACAAGGGAUUAUAUCGCUAUAAACGCUUGAUGUUUGGUAUAUCAUGUGCCCCAGAAAUGUAUCAACGUGUGAUCCAGCAAGCUCUACAAGGUUGUGAAGGUGUGCGCAACAUAUUUGAUGAUAUUAUCGUCCAUGCCCCUACUGGGCAAGAACAUGACGCCAGGCUAGAGUCUCUACUUAAGACCAUACAGGAAAAAGGUUUGACAUUAAAUCCAGACAAGUGUCAAUUCCGUAUGUCUGAACUAAUGUUCAUGGGACACCUACUCUCAGCUCGCGGGAUUGGUCCUGACACUGAAAAGGUAAGAGCUGUGAUUGAGGCUAGACCACCCAAUAACCCAGGGGAGAUAAGAAGUUUUCUGGGACUAGUCAACUAUGUGGGGAGAUUUAUCCCUAAUUUGUCUACAGUGGCUGAACCACUAAGCCGUCUCACAAAGAAAGGAGAACCAUUUAUCUGGGAGGAUUCCCAGGAAACAGCAUUUCGAGAGCUGAAAGGUCGUUUGGCAAAUACAGAAACUUUGGGUUAUUUUGAUAGAAAUACAAAAACAGUUCUGAUCACUGAUGCAAGCAAAUCAAGUGCUCGGAUUCACCGAUGGGUUUUACGACUCCAGCCCUACCGGUUCAAAAUGAAAUAUAUACCUGGACCACAAAAUGUGGCUGACACUCUAUCUAGACUUAUAGAUGACAAGGGCAAGGGAAAUAACUCCAACAUAACUGAUGAAUACCAGUUCAAUGAUGCAGAGGAGUACAUCAGAUUUGUGGCUCAGCAUGCAACACCCCGGGCAUUGACUACAAGGGAAAUUGAAGAGGCAUCAGCUGUAGACCCGGACCUCAUACAGUUAAGAAAGUGUAUUCGCAUCGUGGAUUAUUUUAGUAGAUACUUUGAGGUCGACACAAUGCGGAGUACUGACACAAUGCGGAGUACUACCACUGAGCGGAUCAUCAAAAGCUUGAGAAAAAUAUUUCUCACACACGGAUUACCGUUAAGUAUCACAACAGUCAACGGUCCUCAGUUUAUUGCAGACUUAUUCGUUGAUUUCCUUGCUGAACAAGGAAUAGAACAUAGACGCGUGACCCCUCUUUGGCCUCAAGCCAAUGGGGAAGUGGAGAGGCAGAACAAGUCGCUCCUGGAAGGAGGAAAUUGA